AUGAGGAGUAAUAAUAGCAAACAGAACAACAACAAGAAAAAGAAGAAGAAGUUGAUAAGGUUCAUUACAUACCCAAUUAGGGUUUUGGGGAAAGCAAAGGCUUUUUACGUUCGAAGCAUGUUGGAUUAUGCGAAUUCUAAUGUUGGUUAUGGUGGUGGCAUGGGGGUGCCGGGGGGAAGCGUCGUUUCAUUGCCUAAGAGCUUCAGUGUCAACUCGUCGAGGUCUGAAGAGAGCGAGAUGGAUUACGCAGAGCUUGUUAGAGCUGCCUCCUUGAAGAAGAGUAGUCUUUCUGGUCGUGAAUUGAUUGAGAUGGAAUCGAGGAGCAGGAGGAGUAGUAAUGGAUUGAUGAGGAAGAGUUGCAGUGUUGCUAUGGGAAGGAUUGAUGAGGAUGGGCCUUCUGAUUUUGGAGGUGGUGUUGGUGAUAAUUUGUUGUACCCAAGAAGCAGAAGCUAUGCUGCGGCAAAGAGAAAUCUUGUGUUCUAA